CAGUACAACCAGGGCAGGUUCAACCAUAACGGCGUCGAUCUGAACAGGAACUUCCCCGACGCCUUUGCUGGUCUCCAACGGCAACAGCAGCCUGAUGACGAGAAGAGCGAGGCCGAGGUCCGGGCUGUGAUUGGCUGGUUGGAGACUGAGACUUUCGUUCUCUCUGCAAAUCUUCAUGGAGGAGCUCUGGUGGCCAGUUACCCCUACGACAGCAGUGACGGGGGCAGCGAGCAGGUGGGCGGGGCCAGCAUCGCCCCUGACGACGACGUGUUUGUCUACCUGGCCAAGGUGUACUCCCACAACCACGGCUCCAUGCACCGGGGGGACAGCUGCGACGGAGCAUCAUUCGUGGACGGCAUCACCAACGGAUACCAGUGGUAUCCUCUGAAAGGUGGGAUGCAGGACUACAACUAUGUGUGGGCUCAGUGUCUGGAGUUGACUCUGGAAGUUUCCUGCUGUAAGUUUCCUCCAGUCGGAGAACUUCCUGCUCUGUGGGCGGAGAACAGGAAGUCGCUGCUGGCCUUCAUCCAGCAGGUCCACCUGGGGGUCAAAGGUCGCGUGUUCGACGGCUCCGGGGUGCCGGUCCAGAAUGCACUUGUGGAGGUCAAAGGUCGUAAGAACAAGUGUCCGUUCAGAACCAACCGACACGGAGAAUACUUCAGGCUGCUGCUGCCUGGAAACUACAGCUUCACAGUGACGUACCCGGGUCACAAGGUUCUGACGGAGACUCUUAACGUCCCGUACGGUCCCGACCUCUACUCCGCCAUGAAACACGACUUCCUGCUACAACGCGCCCAGGCUAAUUCCACCCAGGCUAACCUCACCACAGUCACCCCCACCCCCACCUGCAACUACACGUUAAACCUGGAGGGAAGCGGCGCCAUCACCAGGCCCACAUGGACGGGGCUGAGUGCGGGGCUCGUGUUUGUGGCGGCGCUCAGAUCCGUGACUGACUGAAGAGAAUCGAACAACAAGAACACGUUGGUCAGGUUUUCCUCUCACCCCCUCAGCUUUGUCACCAGGGUGAGCGAGGCUGGAUCAAAAAGCAAAGGUCACGACAGGAAGUGGCGAAGGUCGCGUUCCCCGCGUCCUCACGAAGCGGUCGCCGCUGGACGCUGAGGAACAAAUUGGGGAAAAAGCACACGUGUACAUUUGAAAGAGAACAUUGGCCAGAAAAGGUUUAAACCCAGAGAUGAGGACGUGAAGUCGUCAGAAAGGAUCCUGGUGACCGACACGCGUCUGAACUCCUCUGAGGUGCGUUUGAUUUUUACGACGGCCGAGCUCCUGGUGUCUGAGUCAUCAGACGAGUUCACACAAGAGUCUCCUGCUUGUUUCAUCACAGUCACUCCUCCGGUGGUUUUUACGUCUGACGGAUGCUGAGAUGCAGAUUCAUCCAAACUUUACAACUUGUGUUUCUCUGAGUUUAAAAAGUUUCUCACUUUAAAGCACAACGACAGAUUCUGUUGCUCACAUUGAUUCUAACGUGCUUUUUUUAUAUUGAUAAAAUCACACUGAAACUAAAUUCACUUUAAAUUCACAAGGAAACACAAUUAUGUCCAUUUAAUAAAUCAUAUAACCAAAAAGAUAUAAUAAUGAUAAUGAAUAUUUAACUGAUAUGAACAUGAAUAAAAAUAAUUUAUUUGAAAAUAUGAGAAGUAAGAUUAAAAGUAACUCAAAGGCUCCAUCUGGUGGCAGAAGCUUUGCAGCACAUCAGGAAAAUACACAGUUAUGAACAUUUAAAACAAACGUUACUCGAGUAAAUGAUGAAAAACAAAUGUUUCCUGAAUAUCAAGGAAUUAGCUUGAUCACGAAUAAACUGUCAACUUAUAGAAACAUAACUUUAAAUAUAAUUAUCCGACAAAACAAAGUACUUGUACACAUUGAAAAAUGAGAGUAAAAGUAGUUUGAAUAAGUCUGAAGCUUCUUUUUGAAGCAGACUCACAGAUGUGAACUGAGACGACUGUACACAGUACGUGCAGUAUUUAUACACAGAAUAUAUAUUUCAGACAGCAGCUGUCAUUCCUGUUUAUAACGGGGGGUCAGAGGUCAGCGUGCGUCCUCGGCUCAGAAACUCAGCGGCCUUCAGGUUUUUAUACUUUUCUACUGUUUGAUAUUAAAUUGUGUUCGAUGUUGUGGCGUCUGAAAGUCCAUGUGUUGAUUUUAUCUCUGACGGGAGUUGAUUAUGUGUCGAGGUCCACAGGCCGUGAUAACCUGGAGGUCCAUGUGCCUUUAGGUUCCUAAGUGUGAGAAUCAGGUCUAUAGGUCAAGAUCUAAUCUGAGCUGACGCCAAGUAUCUGUUUCGAAUUCAGAGGAAAUGGGAGAUCGGGUGAACCAGAUGUGUUUUUUCAAGAUUACGACGACAACUCUCGUGAGCGGCUCUGGAUCUCUCUCCAGGCAGACUGCAGUGUUUGUGUUGAUGCUGAACUUCUUGUAAUAAACUUUUUAUUCAAGCGA